ACGUUGCAUUUGACGUGGGGUGAGACCUCUGUCGUCUUCCUGCUGCCGUUUUCUGCUUAAUUUCUUGUAGGUACCAUCAAAGCGUAAAAGUAGGGGUUCUCUCUCCGAACAGCUUCCAGAAACGAAUACAGAGCGCUAGGGAGAUUCACCUCCUUUCUAGGUUUGUAACUAUUAUGGCUGGUAGCACCAACAAGACAGUGUACGAUAUUUUUCAAAGCAUGGAGAACGGACCAGCAGCAACUUCAAGCACUGCCACUGCACAGGCCUGGCUGGAUCAUCAUUCUCACUCUCUGGGUCUGUUCAUCGAUGGCAAGUUUGUCCGUCCAGCAGACAGACAGACUCGCUCCUUGGCUGAUUCUAAAGGUGGUAAUGUGUGCAACACCGUGUGCGCCGUUCAGGACGAUGUUUCCCAGUGUGCCUCCUCAGCUGUCAGUGGCUACAAGGCCUGGAGUGGCUUGAGCUGCUACAACAGAGCUAAAGUGCUGCUCAGGUUGGUGAGCGUUCUCGGGCAGCACAGUAAGUGUGUGUCGGAGCUGUGUGAGCUGUGCGAGGCGUCCUGCUCGCCCUCCAGCCUGGUCAGACUGCUGCAGUACUACAGCAGCUGGGCUCAGCUCAGAGACACUCUCAUCACCAGCUGGACACCACUGGGUGUGGUGGCAGUGGUGGUCUCUGAUGACUGCUCUCUCUAUUCCCUCAUGCUCAAAGUCGUACCAGCACUGGCCAUGGGCAACUCUGUCAUCGUUGUCCCAGGUCGGAGCACCGCCCCUCCAGCGCUCCUGUUGGCACAGCUCUUUGUGAGUGCAGGACUUCCCGCUGGGGCUCUUAAUGUCUUAACAGGAAGUGACAUGUCGCUGGGUGCCAAAGUGGCCCAGAACCCUAGCAUUAGCUACGUCACCUACAGUGGCAACAAGCAGGAUGGAGUGAUGCUGUGCAAGGCAGCAGCAGGUAUGGGUGUUCCCAUUUCUGUCUCCCCCUGCAUCGGUGCCACAUGUCCCAUCAUCAUUUUUGAGUCAGCUGACAUUGACAGCGCUGUGGACGGAGUGUUAGAGACUGCCUUCAAGAAGAAGAAAGAGGUCAACUGGGUGUUGUGCGUGCAGGAGAACGUGUUGGAAAGGGUUGUGGCCCGUCUCAAGCUGCGUAUGGCGGGGAUGACGUGUGUUGGCCUGGCCAGUGAUGCAGACAGGGUCCAGGUGGACGCUGCAGUACAGGAGGCUCAGCAGCAGGGGGCCACGUUGGUUCAGUCCUGCGCUGCCCCACCUUCAGGUGCCCUGUACCCUCCCACAGUGCUAUGUGGAGCCGCCCCCUCCUCUUCAUUUGUGGUCAGCCCUGCUCCUGGACCGCUGCUGCCUCUCAUGACCUUCAGAAGCAACACAGAAGCAGUGACCCUGGGGAACCACAGUCCUCAUGGCCUGGCCGCCUCCAUCUGGACUGAAGAUCUCACUCUGGCUCUGGAGACAGCAAAGAGUCUGUCUGUCGGCUCAGUGUGGGUAAAUUCACACUCUGUGUCUGACCCCUGUAUGCCUGUCUCUGGUCACAAAGACAGCGGCACCUGCACUGACGGAGGACAGGAGGGUCUGUACCAGUUCCUACACUCGUCCUGCUCUUCCUCUCCUCCUCUUCCUCGUUCCUCCCCUGUCUCUAUGGACUACACAAAGUUUGGAACAGCAGCAUCUCCCGCUAUCAUUCCUGAUGAUUCAGACGCCGCCAGUGCUCCGAAGUCCUACCUGCAGUUCGUCGGAGGUAAGGCGUGUAAAUCUGAGUCUGGCUGCACUGUGGCUGUGCAGCCACCAGGAGGCGGCAGUGUGUUGGCCUAUUGUCCAGAUGGAGGCCGGAAAGACGUCCGUAAUGCUGUGGAGGCAGCGAUCAAAGUCCAGCCUAGCUGGAUGAAAAAAAGUCCGUCUGCACGUGCUCAGUCGCUCUACUCUCUGGCCAAGGGCCUGGAAGCAAAGAGGCGGGACAUAGCUGUGUCAAUCAACGUUCAGACCGGUCUGUCAAUGGAUGAAGCUGAGAAGGAGGUGGACCUCAGCUCAGCGAGGCUCAAUGAUUGGGCAGCUUACUGUGACAAAGUCCAAGGAGGAACUCUGCCUGUGCCUCAGUCUGGCUCUGCUCUCUCCCUCCCUGAAGCCCUGGGAGUCGUCGGGCUCGUCCUCCCAGAUAAGAACGCCCUCCUCUCCAUGGUAACACUUCUUGGGGCAGCCGUCGCCACUGGCAACGCCGUCAUCAUGGUCCCCAGUGAGAAAAAUCCACUGCCGGUCUUGGCAUUCGUUCAGGUGCUCCAGUCGUCAGACCUGCCUGCAGGUUUGGUAAACGUCAUUUCAGGAAGUAGGGACCAGCUGACAGUGGCUCUGGCUAAUCACAGUGUCAUCAAGGCGAUCUGGUACUGGGGUAGUGCUGAGGGCUGUCAGUACCUCCAGCACACCUGCACCAGUCCUCUGAAAACCCUGCGCCUUUUCUGCCAGGAGGAGAGAGACGGCGGGAAGGACUGGACUCAGUCUCAUCCCUCGCUCCUGGAAGAAAUGUGGAGAAACGCCGUCCAGUGGAAGAGUGUGUGGAUUCCCACCGCAUAAGAAGACAGAAAGACGAAGGUGGCGAGAUAGAGAGGGAAAGACAGAGGAAUGAAGAGUCACAGUUAAACUCUAUAGGUAUCUGUGACCUGGAGGAUGUAGAUUGAGCAGGAAGGAUCAAAUACUGUGACCAUGAAAGAUCAUAAGAUGCCCAUGAAAUUAAAAGUGAACAGACAACAAAUGUUCCCAGUAACUGACUGUUUGCUAAGCCCCGCCCCCUUUAGUUACUGCUGCUACGCCUAUCAAGCUCUCUGUGGCAGGUUCGUAAUUUCUGAAUUAGCAGAUUCCAUCAGCUGGAGCUGGUUAGAAUUAAACUAACAUAACCUGCAUGAGCUGGUUGAAAAUCCCAGAUGACCUACUAAUGUCUCCAAGUGAUUCAUAUUAUAAUCAGGACCAUUUUAAAGAGUCUUCAAUAUGCUAUUGAUGCCUACAUGCAUAUCAUGCAUUAACUGACAUUAACCAGGACUCUACACAGAGGGGAAAUUAAACAUAACAUAAGGGGCUUUUUUUAUAAUGUAACCUGCAACCUCACAAGCUAAUGCACUUAGUUAAUAAUAGGCUUGGCCUUGGAAGUGACACACUGUAACUUACUAACGUCCCCAAUGUACAGUAGCAAGUUAACCCGACACACUAAUGCUUGCAGCCUACACCAGUUAAAACACUGUUUAAUCAAUUUCUUACUUUUUCUGGUCUUGUGUUUUUUGGUAAGGCGAACACCGUGCCUACGAUCAGAAAUGAACCAUCUACAGAAUCUGAAGCAUCAAGUAAAUGUGGCAACAAACAGAGAAAAUGUCAGUGCAACAUCAACAAAAAUCAAAGAAAAUGAAAUAAAUACAGAUGUUGGAGCCAAUGAAAUGUUAAUAUCAUAAUAUGCAGCUCAGCGUUUACAAGUUUCAAUUAUUUUCAAUAAUUUUCAAAGGGUUUCAUCAACCCCAUGGUCAUAUGAAAUACCCAUAGAGGAACAAAUGAUGAUAUCAAAUAUUGUGCUAUUAUAUUUUAUUUGAUAUAAACUAAACAACAAUUAAAUAAAUAUAAGAUUUCCUUCUAAAAGGGUCAGAGUUCACCUACAAAUUCAAAUGUUUUCACAAAGGAUCCUAAAUGGCACUUAAAGUUUAUUACAGUUGAUGAUCAUCAUUUAAUGUGCACUUAAUGAACUGAAUAAUUCUGAAAGACGGCUGAGAUUUAGAUCAUGUCCGCCCUCAAAAUAUGUUUUUAAAAGUUCAUUAUCAUUUUUGUUGUUUGUGGAAAACAAAAGUAAAAGCCUUCAUUGCUGUUAAAAUUAUGGCUCUUACUGUAUUUGCUAGAAUGAACGAAGGGGACAGAUAGAAGUGAAGGCCACGGGGAUUUGUUUAGCAGAUUAUGAGUGAGCGAGCAGAAUUUGAAAGAGAUUAAAUAUAUGAGCAGAUUGAAUUUUGGGGUUAUGACAGGAGUACUACACCACAGAGACUGAGUGAGGGCUGGAUUUUACAUGAAGCACUUAGAACAGACAGAUUUUGAUGGACUAAAAGAGAGAAAAAUACAUGGAUGUGGGCCACAUGUUAGUAACUUUAACGAUGUAUAAGGUGAUUUGUUAGGUAGAGGAUCUACCAGGGGUGUAUUCAUUACACAUUCCUUCACUGUGAUGACUUCAUCAAACUAGCAAGGUGUUAUAAAUACAAAUUCAUAUCUACAUGACAUUUUUUAUUUAGAGAAGCAGUAGCAGACGUGUUUGAGAAAAUCUACAUUAGCUUGUUUACAAUAAAACAAUAUUUCAGUUAAAUGUAAUGGUGUUGCAUUUUUGACAAUGAAGGAUGACAGUGGCUACACAGAUGAUACUAGCCAGUAAGACCAGUUCAUUGUUGGUUUGCCUUACCUGAUGACCUGCUCUCUUUCUACCUCUAUCUUCUGCUAUUAAGCUUCUUUUCUCUGUUAGUCAUUACAUUUCUUCUCGGUUUAUUACAAGUAUCCUCACAGUAACCUGAAAUCUCCUCUGCCUUACAGUUCUGUCUCUGACGGAGCAAAGAUCGAUCAACCCUGUGUGAACUCAAUCCAGAUAUGCUAAUGUACUGUAUGGGACAUUUUUAUUACUGUACAACCAUAACCAUAAAAAAUGUUUCUCAAAUUUAUAUGUCAGUUUCCAGAGAAUGUAUGCUGUGUAUCUCACUGUCCAAAAGCCAUGAUUAAAAGAUAAUAUAAUGAAUUUA